GACACUGAUUGGUCGCGCUUCUGUCAAUCCCGCCUCUCUGUGCUGUGAUUGGUUUUAGGGCCGGAAGUAGGGCGUGUUUUGAGCUCGCUUUGCUUUUCUUUCUGUAUUUUAUCUUUACUUCAGCCGGAGUUUAAUCCUCUUUCAUACCGAUCAGUGGGAACGCGCUCUCCCGGAACCGAACUGGACCGCGCUUGUGACUCUGUGUGUGUGUGUGAGAAGAUGGAGGUUCGCUUCCUCCUGGUGUUUAUUUUCCUGCUGCAGCUCUCAGUGACGGAAGGAGCUCGAGCUAAACCAGAUGAUCUGUUGGUGAUUACUGCUGCAACUGAAGAAACAGACGGCUUCAAAAGAUUCAUGAGAACAGCAAAAGAAUUCAACUACACUGUGAAGGUGCUGGGUCUGGGUGAAGAAUGGAGAGGAGGUGAUGUUGCUAAAACGGUUGGAGGAGGACAGAAGGUUCGCUGGCUGAAGAAGGAAAUGCAAAAAUACAAAGAUAAACAGGACAUGGUCAUCCUCUUCGUAGACAGUUAUGAUGUCAUUCUUGCCUCUGGUCCUAGUGAGCUGCUCAUGAAGUUCUCUCGCAUUAACCAUCGUGUUGUUUUUUCUGCUGAGGGAUUCUGCUGGCCUGAUCAACGUCUCGCUCCCAAAUAUCCUGAAGUUCAUAGCGGCAAACGCUACCUUAACUCUGGAGGUUUCAUUGGUUAUGCUCCAGAAAUCUAUGCUAUAGUUAAUCAGUGGAAGCACAGAGAUAAUGAUGAUGACCAGCUCUACUACACACGCAUCUACCUGAACAAGGAACAAAGGGUGAAGUUUAACAUCACACUGGAUCAUAAAUCACAGAUUUUUCAAAAUCUUAAUGGUGCCAUUGAGGAAGUUGUUCUGAAGUUUGAGAAAUCUCGAGUUAGAGCUCGAAAUGUUGCUUAUGACACCCUUCCUGUUGUUAUCCAUGGCAAUGGCCCAACUAAGCUCCAGUUAAAUUAUCUGGGUAAUUAUGUGCCGACAGCGUGGACUUAUGAGCGCGGCUGUGGUGUGUGUGAUGACGAGCUUCUGUACUUCAGUGAUGUGCUGGAUGAAGAGAUGCCGCAGGUUCUUGUGGCGGUGUUUAUCGAACACCCAACACCCUUUAUUGAGGAAUUUCUCGAGCGACUGGCAACCCUGAACUACCCACACACUCGCUUACGCCUGUUCAUACACAACAACGUGGUGUAUCAUGAGCAGCAUGUGCAGUGGUUCUGGAAUAAACAUCGCUCUCUAUUCCCUAAUGCCCGACUUGUUGGACCUGAAGAGAAUCUAAAACACGAUCAGGCCAGAACCAUGGCAGUGGAGAUGUGUAAGAAUGAUCCAACCCUUGAUUACUACUUCAGCAUUGACAGUGAUGUGGCUUUAAUCAACCCUGACAUUCUGCGCAUCCUCAUCGAAGAGAACAAGCCUGUAAUUGCCCCCAUGUUGUCCCGUCAUGGUAAACUCUGGUCUAAUUUUUGGGGAGCUCUGAGUCCUGAAGGAUUUUAUUCUCGUUCUGAAGAUUACAUCGAGAUUGUACAGGGGAAAAGAGUUGGAGUGUGGAACGUUCCAUAUAUAACACAGGUGUAUUUGAUACGUGGUGAUGUACUUCGUACUCGUCUUUCCCACGUGUCCCUUUACCAGGAGGAUGGUUUGGACCCAGACAUGGUGUUCUGCAGAGCAGUUCGGGACCAGGGUGUGUUUAUGUUUGUAUCCAAUAGGGAUGAGUUUGGCCGGUUGAUCGCCACCAACAACUACAACAUCAGCAGACUGCAUCCAGACAUGUGGCAAAUAUUUGACAACCCCAUUGACUGGAGAGAGAAAUAUGUCCAUAAGAAUUACUCUCAGAUCUUUGAGAAUGGUGUGGAUCUGGUGGAACAGCCGUGUCCAGAUGUUUACUGGUUUCCUGCCUUUUCAGAAAAGAUGUGUGAUGAUCUCGUCGAGACUAUGGAGCACUUCGGCCACUGGUCCGGGGGGAAACAUACGGACGAACGUUUAUCAGGUGGAUAUGAAAACGUUCCCACUGUCGAUAUUCACAUGAAUCAGAUUCAGUUUGAGAAAGAGUGGCUCAGAUUCCUGAAAGAUUACAUUGCUCCUGUAACUGAAAAACUUUAUCCAGGAUAUUAUGCAAAGGCUAAAGCUGUGAUGAACUUUGUGGUUCGUUAUCAUCCUGAUGAACAACCUGCACUCCGCCCACAUCACGACUCAUCAACAUUCACAAUCAACAUUGCUCUGAACAGCAAGGGGAAAGACUAUGAGGGAGGGGGAUGCAGGUUCUUGCGUUAUGAUUGCAGAAUUGAAGCUCCAAGAAAAGGCUGGUCUUUAAUGCACCCAGGACGUUUAACACACUACCAUGAGGGUCUUCCUACAACCAAGGGCACUCGAUACAUCAUGGUCUCAUUUGUAGACCCCUAACCGUGUGUGUGUGUGUGUGUGUGUUUUGGUGAAAAGUAUAUUUCAAAAAUGCUCUAAAACCUGUUAUUGAAUAAAAAAAAAGUUUUCUUUUUUUUUUUAUCUGAAUGCAACACUUUUACCUCGUGCCUUUAGUUUUAUUUCUUUUACAAGUUAGUUUUUAAACUGUUGUAUAUUUGUGUGUAAAACAGAUUACUGUCAGUUUUGUACAAAGUGUUUUAAAUUAUUUGAUGUAGAUGAUAAAUAAAAGCUGAGAAGAGUAAA